AUGACCACGGACGAAUUUUGGCACUGGAUGCAAGUCACGAUAGACGUCAGGCCGCCUUCCCAAAUCGUCCACACGUUGGGCGGAGACUUGAUCUUAGACGAUCGUUUCUCUGGGAAGCUGUAUUCGAAAGGAGUCCAGGUAUCUUUACAUGACAGCGAGGAACACAGGUUUCGCGCUUGCUACAAUCUGGUAGACGGAUCGUUUACCAGAGAUCGGCGGCAGAUUACUGGAUUCGAAGAAUCUAAAGUUAUCGCUGAUAUCUGGUCAAGCUCUAUUGGAAGGGGAGAUAGAAAUGUCCUCUCCGUUUAUGUGGAUUUACUUCGACAUUAUCCAACAGCAAGGGAUGUGAGGUCAGCUGCGCAGUUCGUGACCGAAAGUACUGCCAAAAAAAUUUGGGCAGUACUCGUGGAUGAGGCCAAAGAAAACUCAGCAUUCUACUAUGCUAAAAUUCAAGAAAAUCAGACUUCUGAGGUAAUUCGAAAAGAGCUCAAAAAAGAACCGUGUCGAAUUCCUACCUCCCUUUGGCAGCUUCUUCGAGAUCACCACCUCAUCCUUACUCCCAACGAAGAGCUUCGGCGCUGCCUCGGUGAGUCUGAGAUUGUCAAGCUUCCAGAGACGCAAUUCGCACAGGAGAUGGACCGAGCAUUGCGGGGAAUUCUCCUCGCGGAGCCAUUGACGGAGACAGUCCGCCUCGUUUAUGUUAGCUCUGACAAUGAGAAAACAAACAUCGCGUUCCUAAAAGAUAGAAAUACUCUUUGGGACGAAUUUCCCUCCUAG